AUGUUCAAUCCUAGGUAUACGCAAGGAACAAUCUAUUCAGGGACGCAUCCAGGGCUGCUUACGCCUGAUCAACAACAUGCAGCCAUUCUGUCGGUACACAAUUCGCCAGCUAUAGAAAAUGGACAAAUUUCUGAACAUUGGAAACAGCAAAUCGCACUCGCUACUCAGUCAAGAGCUUUCAGUUCUCCUCAUCAACGUGCGCACAAUGCCGCCGCUUUAGCUCGGACUUCGGGUAUGGGCACGAUGAAUUACAGCGCCAGGAACAGUGGUGCUGCUUAUGGAGGAGUUGGUGCCAAUGCUUCAAAUGCUCUGUCAGGAAGGUUAAAUUCUACCACGGUAUCAACUACUACUAGCAACAACGUUGGAAAUAAUCUGACUACAGCGAGUAUGAUGGUUACGACUACCACAACCAAGUCUGAUGACUCUCAUAACGAACCGCGACAGGAUUGGACUUGCUUGGAUCUGGGUGGCAUUGGAUUACGCAACGUCAGCACUGAUUUAUUUAAGUUUUCCUUUUUGACGGAACUUUACAUUAAUCAUAACAAGCUGACUCGCCUCCCGUCCGAAAUUGGAAAGUUACGAAACUUGGUUAUUUUAGAUGCUUCUGGAAACAGUAUCAAAGCAAUACCACCUGAACUCGGGUUACUCACUGAGCUUCGAGAAGUUUUAUUAUUUGAUAACAUGAUUACUGUAAUUCCUCCUGAAUUAGGUACAUUGUAUCAGCUUAAAAUUUUGGGUGUUGAAGGAAAUCCUUUACAAGAUGUGUACAAAUCUCAGCUUAUGGAAACUGGAACGACUGGCUUGAUUACUGCUCUUCGUGACGGUUGUCCUGUCAUCCCUCCCCCUCCUGAGCGUGAAUGGGAAAAGCUUACCUCCGAUAAUGAUGAUGCUAAUGAAAAGUCGCUAAUGCUUACUUCUUAUGCCGAAGGACCUGGCGUUCCAAAACCAAACGAAUCAAAUACUAAUUUUAAGUUUACUGCUAUGAGUUAUAAUAUACUUUGUGAACGUUAUGCUACGUCCACUUUGUAUGGAUAUACUCCUUCGUGGGCUCUUGCUUGGUCUUAUCGAAAGGAUUUGAUUAUGCAAGAACUCGCUGGCUAUAAGGCUGAUAUUAUAUGUCUUCAAGAAGUAGAUGUUGAAAACUUUGAUACUUUCUUUGCUCCUGAGAUGAGCAUUAAAGGGUAUAAAGGAGUGCAUUUCCCAAAAAGUCGUGUACGUACUAUGAAUGAACUAGAGCGUCGGGUUGUGGAUGGUUGUGCUACCUUCUUUAAAACCUCAAAGUUUUUUAUGCAUGAAAAAUCCAUUAUUGAGUUUAAUCAAGCCCCCUCGCUUCGAAGGCAAAAUAUCAAGCUUACUUCGAACAUGUAUAAUCGCGUUAUGACAAAAGACAACAUUAGCGUUAUAACUAUGUUAGAAUCUAAGGAGACCGGACAUCGACUGAUCGUCGCUAAUUGUCACAUCCAUUGGGAUCCUCAGUUUAGAGACGUGAAGCUUAUGCAAGUAGCUAUGCUAAUGGAUGAACUCGCUCAGGUUGCUAGUCGGUUUUGUUCGCUGCCCUCUAAGCUUCCUGCUGAUUAUUUAAAGGACUCAAGACCAACCUAUUCAGAUUUUACAAAGAUACCAGUAUUAAUUUGUGGUGAUUUUAAUUCUAUUCCUGGAAGUGGCGUUUUAGACUUUUUGUCAUCAGGCAAGGUUGAGCAGCAUCACGAGGAUUUCAUGAAUAAUGAUUAUGGUGAUUACACGUUUAACGGUAGAUCUCAUCCGUUCAAUUUGAAAUCCGCUUAUAGCGAAACUCAAGAACUCCCGUUUACGAACUUUACACCUGGUUUCAGCGGCACGAUUGAUUACAUAUGGUAUACAAAUGCUAACCUUGAGGCAACUGGUUUGUUGAAAGGAGUGGAUCGUAAUUACCUUUCAAGCAUAGUCGGAUUUCCGAAUGCACACUUCCCUAGUGAUCACAUUUGCUUGCUGGCCGAGUUCAAAGUGAAACAGGAGAAGGGACCCAUAACAAAUCCUAAAUUUAGCAAUGACAGAAAGUGA